CUCUUCCCGUGCCCGCGCGCGAGAGAGAGGUUUUUCCUCCUCUAGCUAGGGCUUUGUGUAGCGGCCAGCAACGGGCACCUCGCCCCCGGUGCGGCGGUGUCUCCCCAAUUCGAUCUCGGGGGGUGGGUUCCCCUAGCUUGGAGGGGUUAGCGGCGCCGGCGCGUCGAGGGGCGGCGCCGCGAUGAACGUCCCUAUAGUCGAUCCAUUGCAGGGGGACUUUCCUGAGACAAUUGAGGAGUUCUUGCAGUAUGGGAGUAUGAAAUGCAUUGCGUUCAAUCGCAGGGGAUCUCUCCUUGCUGCUGGAUGUGCAAAUGGUACCUGUGUUAUCUGGGACUUUGAAACAAGGGGGAUUGCAAGAGAACUGCAUGAUAAAGAUUGUACUGCACCUAUAACAAGUGUGGCCUGGUCCAAGUAUGGUCACCAUUUGCUCGCCUCCGCUACUGAUAAGUCAUUGACGCUUUGGCAUGUUGUCAAUGAGAAAAAGAUUGCCCGCAUAACUCUUCAGCAGACUCCAUUGAGUGUCCGUCUUCAUCCCGGUGGUCCACCUACACCUUCUAUUUGUUUGGCAUGCCCUCUCUCAUCUGCACCUGUUCUUGUUGAUUUAAACACUGGAAGUACUACAGUUCUCCCAGCUUUUGUGUCUGACAAUGGUAACCCCCCUGCUCCUAAUUCCCGCAAUAAAUUUUCUGAUGGUUCUCCACCUUUUACACCAACCGCUGCAACAUUUGACAAGUAUGGGGAUCUGAUAUAUGUGGGCAAUUCCAAGGGAGAGAUAUUAAUAAUAGAUUCAAAAAGCAUCAAGGUACAUGCUGUAGUUCCCAUACCAGGUGGAACAGUAGUUAAGGAUAUUGUUUUCAGCAGGGAUGGCCGAUAUCUACUCACAAACUCUAAUGAUCGGGUCAUUAGAGUCUAUUAUAAUCUUCUUUCUGUUAAAGGUUCUGGAAAGGAGAUUGAGAAAAUAAGCAGUAACAACAACAGCUAUGAGAAUAAUUAUGAGAAGCUAAAAGCAAAUGGUGCAAGCUGCCUAACUAUUUCUUGUGAACUUUCGGAUGCCAUUGCAAAGAUACCGUGGAAGGCGCCAUGCUUUAGUGGUGAUAGUGAAUGGAUUGUUGGUGCUUCUGCAAGCAAAGGAGAGCACAGAUUGUGCAUAUGGAACCGAUCGGGACGUCUUGUAAAGAUCCUUGAAGGUCCAAAAGAAGCUCUCAUUGAUAUUGCUUGGCAUCCAGUAGAUCCUACAAUUGUUUCAGUGUCUGUAGCAGGCUUAGCGUAUAUUUGGGCCAAAGAACAUGUAGAGAAUUGGAGUGCAUUUGCUCCUGAUUUUGUAGAAUUGGAAGAAAACGAAGAGUAUGUUGAACGAGAGGACGAGUUCGACUUAAAUGCAUAUGUAGAAAAGGCUGAAGAACAACUGAUAAAUGAGGAUGAGCAUGUCGAUAUUGAGACAUAUGAUAAGGACUCAACGUUCAGUGAUUUGGAUGAUAGUACAACGAUGGAGCUCAUCUACUUGGCAGCUAUUCCUAUCCCAGACACUCCUGAUGAGCAGCCCGACAAGUGUCUUGGAAGUUCAUCGAAGUUGGAGGACAGCAAUCAUUCUGGUUCCCCAUCCUCAUUGGAUGCUGUACAGAAUGGUCAAGCCAUUCCUCCAGCAUCUAGUCCAAUGGAAGUGGAUAAUUCUACUGCUGAAGAACCAGCUGAAGCUGCGAACUCAAAGAGGAGGCGGAGGCUGUCGGCUAAGGGGCUCGAGCUGCAGCAAGCUGAGAAGGGAAAAAAACCAACAACAAAGAACAAGUCCAACGGCAAGUCCCCAGGAUCCAAUGGCAAGCAAGUGGAGCCUGUUAACGGGAACAGCUCUGCUGUUGAUGAUGAAGCCACCGAGGACGAUGAUAUCUAAUAACUUUUAAGUGACUUUAGUUCGUGGAGUCCCUAUCGAGAACACACACAGUAUUUCUAUGUAGUAUGCCUUAGAAACAGUGGAGAUGUGGUGCGCCGAUGCAAAAUGAAAUCGUUAAAUCGAAGUGGUGGAUCUAUGUAGUUGAGACUUAAUCAUCUGUGUUGCAUUUA